UGCAGACGUCUAGAACGCUAUAUUUAGCGGGAAAUUAAAAAAUCGAACUACGGAAAUAUACAAUAAAUUAAAUAUAAAAAAAAAACAAACUUCAAAUGAGUUAUUAGGCCGUAAAGUUAUGACCUUUGCCUGAACAUUUUAUAUUAAAAAAAUGAGUGCAAUGUCUCGCGCGUUUUUAAUUUUUGUAUGUUUGUUCUCAUUUACAAAAGGACAAAGUGUUAUAGUGGUUGAUGAAGAAUGUUUAAAUUAUACAGUGUAUCCAGUGCAGUAUGAACUAAGCAUUUACCCUUAUAUUUACGCUGAUCAUAGUUAUUAUGAUUGUGAAUUAAUAAUUACGGUAAUAGCAAACGCGCCGAAUGUGAACGUCAUUGAUUUGGACGCUAAAGACUUGGAAAUACAAGGCGAGUCCAUUAAAGUUUUCGAUGGGCCAAAUAAUAUCGUAAAUGGCCCUCGACCAUUUGAAUACAAUGACCUUACAAGUAAAUUACGUAUUUAUUUGAAAGAACCUUUGAAGAUGUACAGCAAGGGUAACAGACAGCUUUAUAAUAUUAAAAUAAUGUUCAGAAAGUUUGUGAAGGAAGAUGACUCGGGCAUCUUUUUGGUGAAAUAUUAUGACGAACAAUCUAAGGAAUAUAAAUACCUCUUACAAACAAGACUCUCUCCAAACAAAGCGAAGUACUUCUUCCCGUGUUUCGAAAAUCCUAAGUUUGAGGCUGUUUUCAAGUUCCGAGUUUUUAUCCUGAAAGACAUGAAGGACCUUCAGUACACAAACACAAGUAUUGUCAUAGCUGAAGAACUGCUGACACAUAGCAUCAAAGAUGGCUACACAAUAAUAGAGUACAUGGCAUCACCACAAGUCGGUCUCCACCAAGUCGGCUUCCACUAUUCAGUCUUCGCCAACACCCAACUUCAAGCUAAACACACGAACGAUACCAUCAUCUUAUGGGCUCCCAUCGACGAACUACAUGAUUACAAAUUCAUUCACAACUUCGGCAUCACCAUUAUAGAUCUAAUCCACGAAUACGCAAAGGAUGAUCGAGCCUUAGUCCAAGGGCCCAUCAAUUUGAUCACUGUCCCAGAUUUAAUCAGUGGUUAUGAAAUUGGCAGCUGGAAUUUACUAACCAAUGGUGCCUACAGGAUAGUAAAUAUCGCCCAGUUCACUAGCAUCAAACAGUUGGAGGCCAUGACCUUCGAGUUAGCUCAGCAUCUCAGCAGGAUAUGGUUGGGCAACCCAGGAGAAAUAGAGCGGACAAGGUGGAAGGAAGAAUGGUUUAAAGAAGGCAUGGCUACAUAUUUGGCCUAUCACUUCUUGACACAGUACAACUAUGGAAACCCGCUACCAGAAAUGCGUCCCUUAACAGUAUAUGGUCUCCAAAUGAAACAUAAGGCCAUGGCUAUAGACUGGCACAAAAGUACUCCAGCAUUAGAGACCUUCAACCGAUCUCUAGCGAUAGAGAUUCCAGCAAGGUAUAAGGAUCUGGUGAUGAUGAAGACUGGAGCGAUCCUGUGGAUGUUGGAGAAUUGGGUAGAAUCGGAGAAGUUCCACAAAUCAAUUAUGAAUUAUAUGAAGUCCAGGAGAGGUAAAUAUGUGUCUCUCGAAGAUUUCACGGCUACCUUAGACCACGAUACGAUCGAGUGCUUCCACCAGUUCUUCAAUGGUUCCACCGCGUCUCGGAUCCUCGGCUCGUGGUUCAGAAGACGAGGGUACCCUGUCAUUAAUGUGCAAGUGCUGAGGGAUCGGACACCUAAUUCUGUUCAGUUAAAGCAGAGGCAGUUCAGUUUCACCCUCGACAACCGUGAGGUCACCGACUUCCUGAUCCCAAUAUCGUACGUGGUGCAGAACAAUCAGGAUUGUUACAACUGCUACAAGCCGCGGUUCACUAUCGGAGCUCAGACAUACACCUUUAGUGAAAACUUAAAAGAUGGAUGGAUUAUCGUCAAUAGGCAGGGUACAGGAUACUAUCGGGUCAACUAUGAUGCAGUCACUUGGACCCUAAUAGCAAAGUCUCUGAUCGAGAAUAAUGCUAUAAUAGACGAACUAAAUAGAGCUCAAAUAGUAAACGACGUAUUCGCUCUAUACGUAGCUGGAGACAUGAAUAUGGAUCUAGCGAUGGAUGUAUUAGAGUACUUGGAGAAGGAACGCAGUCCUGCCGUGUGGGCCGCCGCCGCCGCCGGGUACGAGCUGCUCAGCACUGAAGGAGCUAACUGUAACAUGUCCAAACAAGUCUACUGGGAAUGGGAGAGCUUCAUGAGAAAGAAGGUAAUCCCGAUGUACUCGCAGCUGAUAAAGAGCAAGGACAACCAGUGGCUCACGCGGCUGUUCCGCAAGAAUGUACUAGACCUGGCAUGUUCCCUCAACUACGAACACUGCCACUCGCAUGUUAGGAGGAUCUACGUCGAGGAUAGGAGAGGGAAGCAUAAUUUGUUCCCCGACUGUCGUAUGUCAUACUUCUUUGUUUUGGGCAACGAGACAUUCAGCAACACCUACUCGAGGGAACUGAACCCCAUUGAAGAGUAUGACAAGAUGAUAGCUGAUAAGAAAAUUCGAGAGAGAUUGAGGUUUAUCAGCAGGAUUCCCAUGGGAGAACCGAGACCGUUACCCAUUGUGAUGUCUUCUACAACUGAACAGACAAGUACUGAAGAGGUCACAGAAGAGCAGCAAACCGAUGGAGCGUUGUCACUAAAAUAUUCUUCAAUGGUGCUUCUCAUAACAAUAAUAAUUAAUUAUCUUUCUUUGAGAUAAAAUAUUUUUAGUUAAGAAACUUGAUUAACUUAAAUAUGUUGUAUUUGGCGCUGGGAAAAAUAAUUUGUAUUAAUAAUUGAAUUAAUACGUGUCUCAUUUAAGAUGUUGUUUUUAUAUUAAGACUGUUCCCGCCUGAAAAGCUAUAUUCUAUUUUAUUUUUAACGCUUAUUUUUCAGCUAAAAUUGUAUGAUUUAAUUAUUUUUCCAAAUAAUAUAUUUUAGUUCUAUAACAUAAGU